AUGGCCCGCCUGGGGGACAGGCCAUGGUUGGCACCAAGAGUACCAACAUCAGCAUCAGCAUCAGCUACAUCUGGCUCGGCGCCGAAGGACGCAAACGGGGGCAAGCAGCCAAAGCUUUGUUCCACCUGUGAUUCCUGCCAAGACGCCAAAGUGCGGUGUAGCCACGAGAGCCGACAGUGCCGCCGUUACCUGGACUCCUUCGACAUAGACUUUGGCUCGCCCGAGUGUGUCGACUUCGGCAGCAGCAGUUCUGGGUCAAGGGUGAGAUCCGACUCCAGCUUCAGUUUCGCCGGCUUGUCCAUGUGGGACCAGACUGAGCCUUUGGACGAGAGAGUGGCAUUUGCCUACCCGACCAGCCUGGUGCUCGCCAGUGCACACUCCAUCUUCCCGGGGGACUUGACGGCCGAGCAUGGAACCGACCGGAUAUUUGCAUUGGGCGUUAUCGACCCCACGCUUGAUUUCCACUCGCCUCAAAGCGGCCCCCCGCACCAGCACCAAGAACAACAGCCGCUGAAGGGCCGUCGGUUCACCGAGCCCGACGCGACCGAGCCGGGCGCGUCUAUAGAGUCAGAGCCUCGGCCCGAGAACCGGACAUUCACUUGCUAUGCAUCCAUCUUGGCCGAGCUUUCCCAGCUGGACAAAAACAAGACGGACGGCCAGGUUUCGACCAUCGACACGGUUCUGCGAGUCAAGCCGGGCGUUCAACAACAUGCCACGAAGGUUUUCUCGUGCGAGAUGUGUACUGGAAACCGCUCCGGUCUCUUGUUGCUCCUGGUAAUGGUCAUCGAUCAUGUUGUGCGUGUGCUGGGCAAGAUUUCGAGCAGCGCGAGGCCAGUGCCACCGUCGCCGCAGCGAGAAGUGACUUGCGACCGGAACAGCAACCACAACAAGGAUGACGGCAACGGCGACAGGACACUAUCCCCGCGCGCGAAACCCGGCAGCCAUGGACAAAGAGGAGGGGCACUUGUCGGCAGCCUGGGGGAAGUUGUGGGGCACGAGAAAAUCGACUUUCUGAAGCUGCUGGUUCAGGGCCGGCUGGGUAGUAAUUACCUUGAGAGCUUUAGAGAUUCAACGGCGAAUUCCGGGCAGAGGGGCUGA